UAGUGCUCCUCCAGAUGGAGAUCUGGCUGGCAUUGAUUUCCUAUGUUGCCUUGACGCCUCUCGUCACCGGCUUCCCCACGACGGCUGGAGCUAGCCCGAAGGCUCGCCAGAAGUCGACUCCGAAGUAGGCAGUUUGUUCCAGGCAGCUCCAAGCGUCCGAUAAUGGAUCGAUCCUCGCCAGAAGCCGUCCGGACUACCGAAAAAUACGGUUGGACGGUAACUCCCAGCGUCUCCACGAGCUCUCGACAGCCUUUGCCCAGCACACUUACGCUGGCGCCUGUAUCCAACAAGUCGGUGAGCUGCUUCCCCAAGGUCUCCACGUCGGCGAAGGGUCGAGGAUCGGCGGAAUCAAUGCGUUUAACGGCCGCCACCACCUCUCGUCGUCUGGAUCACCUUAUCCUGAAGCGCUCACUUGCUUCUGGACUACCUCCGGUAGGUAUCUUAACAAAUACUUAUGACUACUAUAUUGGCUGUGUACGUUACUGCUUUCGUCUUCUAUCUUCGGAACUACUUCGCGGGAUUCCAACCUGGGCGAGUCCCUCCCGCUUUCGGACUGCCCAGCCGACCGUUUUCCGCGCAAUCGGGACAUUUCGGAGAAAUCACGCCCGGCUUGCCGCACCGGCAACAGAAUCUCCUCCACUCCGUGGCCUCGCAAUCCUGGAAUCCGUGCUCCGCAGCCCCGCAAUUCCAGCAACCUGGCCUGACCGGAUUUCGGACUCGCCCACGUAGCUCGUCCACUUCCAGGUUUCGCUGCUCGUCGACUUCGUCCUGUACGUGCGCCUCGCUGACCCGUAACCUGCUCUGCUGCAAGUAAGCAGCACGCCCUCGACGAGCGAAACUCCUUUCUACUUCGACGCACUCCUCCCGAAAUUCGUCCACCGUGAGUACGUCCAUCGCGUAAACGUAUCUAGCGAUGCCAUCCCUCAAGCCCUUUUUCACAACCUUCACCAACUGCCGCUCUGGCAUUGGUUUUUUCAGGCGUGAGGCGAGUUGCUGCAUCGAAUGGAUGUAGUCAUCCGCGCUCUCUCCCGGCUGUUGCUCACGUUGCAGAAGCUCAUGCAUCCUUUCGUGUUCCGUCUGGUGACCACGGAACCGAUCCAUCAGAGCCCUGCGCAGCUGGGCCCAAGUGUCCACUCUGGACUGGCGUACGUGUACCCAGUACCACUCCUUCGCUCUGCCCGAUAGGAGUACGUGGAAGUUGCGUAGAACUUCACUCCACGGACACUGAUGCUGCCGCUGCAGGAACUCGAGACGGAACACGUAGUCGUCCACGCAGUGGCCGUCGUCCUCGCCGCCGAAGGAGAGGUUCCAGCGGUCCACUCGGAUGUAGCGGUUCCCGUUGCCGGCUCCUGCGUUGGCGAACAAC